AAAACCGCCAAUUGCAAUGCAUAAAUGUUAUUUUUUCUAUCUUGCCGCCAUUGCGGCAACACUCGGAAGUGCAACCGCUGCUACAACAACAACCAAAGCUAGAGCAGUAUCGGACAAUUUAGAGGAAUACACAACAGUCGCCGUGCUGCCAUCGGCAUUAGCAGCCACCUUAGCAGCAGCGCCAGCACCAACAACACCACAAAAUGCAGCUGCAGCAGCAGCAGCAGCAGCAGCAGCAGCAGGGCCAGCACCAUCACCAUCGCUACCAGUUCCUCAAGCUGCGCCCCAAAAGCCCAGCGUUGGCGUGCUGGCCUACGAUAAAGUCGGCAUUAGCGAUGGCGUGGAAUUUAGUCCAAUACCAUCCGAAGUCAACAACGACAAUGCCAACUUCGAGCUCGCGCCUUGCAACUUGAAAGAUGCCAACAAAAAUGAAUGCAUUCGCAAUCUCUUCACACAAAUUGUACCUCAGCUGAAGGCUGGCCUACCUCAGUAUGGCAUGCCAUCCAUCGAUCCGUAUUUCUAUCGACGCGGCAUUUUCCGCUAUGACAACGAAGGCGUGCAAGGCGGUCUGCUCAUCAAGAAUAUGUACAUUAAUGGCAUUAGCGAAUUCAAGGUCAACACAUUCUUGUCGAAUUUCACCGAGAAGGCGUUCAUUGUUAAGUUGAGCAUUGAAAUACCGAGAAUCAAAGCGAAUGGCCAAUUCAAGGCGGAUGUAAAAUUCGGCGGCUUGCGGUUGGUGCCCAAGGGACCCUUCAACAUCACCAUCGACAACAUACGCGCCACUAUUUUAACUGAUGGUUCGAUAGAGACGACGGAUGCGGGGCGCCGUUUGAAGCUGCAACGUUUGAAUGCCAAUGUGGCGGUGGGCGAUGCGCGUAUCAUAGCCAAUGGCAUAUUUAGCGAUCGUAAUUUGAAUGCAAUGAUUUUGAAUUUGGUUAAUGAGAAUCUGCCCGAAAUCACACGCGUCGGCAUACCGGCCACACGCGAGCAAUGGGCGCCAAUUUUUAUAACGCAUAUCAAUCAAUUCUUUGCGAACAUUCCUAUUGAUAAAGUUUUAAUAGAGUAAAACAUUUUCCGAAUUGAAUUUUCACUUCAAUUGGAAUCUGUGGAAAAUUUAGGUUAGCCUAGUUUGAGAGAAAAUUUUUAAAGAAAUAUUGUAGGUUUUUAUUUAAGGCGCUCACUCCCAAAAUCGACGCAUGUAUUUAUUUAAUUAGUAUUACAACAUGGCAUGCACUAUCGUACCUUUGUAUUUUUAGUAUAUUUAAGCAUUCGAUUUAGUUCGAUAAUUGUAAAUUCAUUAAUAUUUAAUUUAAAUAAAAGUAUAA